AUGGUUGAACUCGCCAAAGUACGCUCCUCAAACAAGCGAAUUGCUACUGCACUCCUAUCCGGACUGAGUCUUUUUGGGCGGUCAAAGGAAGCUGCGGAUAGCAUCAUUGUAGAUCCGAAGACAACAAAACUCGAGGGAGAAAUACCUUCAUCCAGGCAGACCUCAGUCUCAUCAUGGAGGCCGACAAAAGUCUGUGAACAGAUUAAGGGCAACGAGACAGCAAUUAAUCUGCUUUUCCAAAGUCAGGGAUCAUUGGCUACCGGAGGUAAAACCUCCGAGCAGCUACAUUACUCCGUAGCCCUCGCUCACUACUCUAGAGCCCGCUUCAUUGCCAAUUUACUACCCCUUCUCCAACAAGCCACCAGCCUCAGGCGCCUGCUGUCCGUCUUUGCCGGCACAAAAGAAGGUCAAAUCCACUUGGAUGAUCUACAAGCCUGGAAGCUUCCCCUCUCAGCUGUUAGAGGCCACAUGACUUUCCUCAUAACUCUCACCAUGGCCCAUUUCGCUGACCAAGCUCCAACAGUAUCCUUUGUGCAUGAUUUCCCGGCUUUUGUCAAGAGUAAUAUUGGACGAGGGACUAAGGGAAUCAUAAGGGUGGCCAAUAUUGUAACCAAUAUUUUGGAACCUUUUAUUAGCGUUCCGCCGGAAGAGUGGGAAGAAGGUAGUGGUGUAUAUACAGUUGACAACCUGGGAGAGGAAGGUGGCCCUGCUGUUGUUCAAACAUUGGCUAUUUGCGCCGUGGAGAUGCUGUUGAGAAGGUCUGGGAUGAUGUGGUUAAAGAAUUUGUUCGUACUACAGGUGUCGAAGCUAUUUAAGAGCGAGGAUUAA